AUGCGUCCUGUGACUUGUAAAUCCGACGUCUGGUGGACCCGAACACACAAGCUAUCAAACCCUUUGACUGAACCGACUUCGGAUCAACUCCGUGACUCCACAUCAAAGUCGUCCGGUGCUCGUCAUCCCCUCCUGCUGCUACCUGCGUCACAUACGAACACAUCCAAGCCAGCACAUUCCAUGGCUUGCCAAUCGGCCUCGGAGCAGCCGCCUCAUGUCUGAGCGGAAGUGGCCAAAGUUGGAGCCAGCUCGAAUGCCGGUUUGUGCGUCCGAGGCUCUCGUGCUCAAGACGAUCCGCCCGGCAUCUGCUGGUCAGAGCAUCAACAGCAAAGCGGUGGCUACGAGCACGAGGGAGCAGCAGAGCGUCCUCCUGGCCGCCGGCGAGCGUCGAACGACGCAGUCGGCCGAGGUCGGAAGCCGGCCUGUCUCGGUCGGCCGACCGGCGUCUCGAGCACCGGUUUCGGACGUCGGGGUCGGUUUCGGCCGGAACAGCCACGACCAGCAGGUCUCGGCCACGCUGCUCCUCAACUCGUCGUCCUGCGCGCGGCGCUGACAGGCGAGACCGACCGAUCCGCUCUCGGAGCCUCCGUUCGAGCCUGCUUCGUGGAGGAGCGGGGUUGGGCUUGCAGUGGGACUUUAACCCGUUUGACGGUGGGCAUGAUGUUUGUGAGGUUGUUGUUGAGGUGCAUGUUGAUUGUGUGAAACAGUUGUACGAUUCACUUAUGUUUUUUUGGGGGGGGAGGCGCACAUGGUGA